UAAAUCACUACUUUGCAUGGAUCACUUGAUCGGGGGCCUGCAUGUCUGCUCUAACGCUAGAUUCAGGUUAGCAAGAUCUGGCUGGUGUGCUGUCCUUCCCAGCGUCUCGCAUCCCAGCCAGAGAGGAGAAGGAGACAACUCCCUGCUGCAGUGCUUGCUUCAGCUAUCCGUAGGAGCGGAGUCUGCCCUUGUCUGAGAGCCGAAUCACAUGGGAAGACUAGGAGGGGGUGUGUUUGCAGCUCUGCUACUCCUGAGACGUUGUGGGUAGCAGGCUGAGCAGGCGUCUCAGCUGCAGCAGCAGCCAGGAAGCUGUCCCCUCCCGCCUCCCUCACACACUUGUUAUUCCCCGCACCAACUUUGGCGGGGGUGUAUGUGUGUAUGCUUUAGAGGAUUUCCUAUUGCUCUAGCAACAGGAAUAAUGCACCUGACUGCGGCGGGGGGAAGCGGCCCGUCAGGCCAGCGGAGCGAGGCGCGGAUGCUAAAGAAAUAAAGGAGGCGAGAGCGAAGAGGAGGCAUCCGGCAGCGCUCGUGGAGGAGCGCACAGGCUGCAGCAGUGUGCGCGCGGCAAGGGGCCCCAGGCUGAGCCGCAGGACUGCAAACAAACCCCGCACGAUGCUGAAUUAGAAGCGAUCCCCGUGUCAUUGCACUGGGCUGCGAGGAGGUGUCUGGGGAGCACCCGGCGCUCGGAUCCCCCGGCUGCGGGGAGACCAGCGGCUCUCGGCUGAGAAGAAGGAGGGGGGAGCAGCGGAGAAUGGGGCAGCGGCCGCUGCCCCCGAGGGUGAGCAGCAGGUGCCAGGGGAGCAGGAGACGCGGGGGCCUCGGGGCGUCUGUGGCCGGGCUGCCGGCGCUGCUCGUGCCCCUGUGGCUGUGCGCGGCGGGGGGCUGCUCAGCCCAGCUGUACAACCUCAGCCUGGCGGUGGACGAGGGGCUCCCGCCGGACACGCUGGUCGGGGACAUCCGGGCCGGGCUGCCCCCGGGCGACGGGCAGCCGGGCGGCUUCUUCUUGUCGGAGGGGAGCGGCGAGUCGGCGGUGCUGGCGGAUUUCCACGUGCAGCCCGACACCGGCAUCAUCCGCACGGCGCGGCGGCUGGACCGGGAGCGGCGGGCGCGCUACAGCUUCGUGGCGGCCACGCUGCGCGGGGAGAUGGUGCAGGUGGAGAUCGCGGUCACCGACGUGAACGACCAUCAGCCCCGCUUCCCGCGGGACUCGCUGCGGCUCAACGUCUCCGAGCUCAGCCCGCCCGGCACCGCCUUCCGCCUCCCGGGCGCCCGGGACCCCGACGCCGGCAGCUUCGGCACCCAGGGCUACACGCUGCUGGCCGAGGGGCAGGAGGCGGCGGCGGCGCCGCUCUUCCGGCUGCGCUACGGGCCCGCCCCGGAGCCGCUGGACCUGGUGCUGCUGCGGCGGCUGGACCGGGAGCGGGCGGACUCGCACCGGCUGCUGAUCGAGGCCUGGGACGGGGGCAGCCCGCGGCUGAGCGGCCGCCUGCGGGUGGAGAUCCGGGUGCUGGACGAGAACGACAACGCGCCCGCCUUCAGCCAGCGCGAGUACCGGGCCCGCGUGCGGGAGGACGCGGCGCCGGGCACCGCCGUCUGCCGCCUGCUGGCCACCGACCCGGACCUGGGCGCCAACGGCGAGGUGCGGUACCUCAUCAACCGCCGCCAGAGCGACCCUGCCGCCUACUUCGCCGUGGAGGAGCGGACCGGGCUGCUGCGCCUCAACCGCCCGCUGGACCGCGAGGCCCGCGCGCUGCACCGCCUCAUCGUGCAGGCGCGGGACGGCGGCGCCGAGCCCGAGGUGGGCAGCGCGCUGGUCUCCGUCGCGGUGCUGGACGUGAACGACAACAGCCCGGCCAUCCGCGUGCUCUACCUGACCGAGGGCGGCGGCGCCCGCCUCUCCGAGGCCGCGCGGCCGGGGGACUACGUGGCGCGCGUCUCCGUCUCGGACCCCGACGAGGCCGGGGACGAGCUCGGCCUGAGCCUGCAAGGCGGGGACGGGACCUUCGCCCUGCGGCCCGGCGGCGCCGCCGGCCUCUAUUUCCUCUGCGUGGAGGGGCCGCUGGACCGCGAGAGCCGCGACCUGUACGAGCUGCGCCUGGCGGCCACCGACGGCGGCUCCCCGCCGCUCUCCGCCCACGAGACGCUGCUGCUCCGCAUCGCCGACAUCAACGACCAGCCGCCCGCCUUCCCGCAGCCCCGCUACCGCGCCGCCGUCUCCGAGGCCGCCUCCCCCGGCACCGCCGUGCUGCGGCUCAGCGCCUCGGACGCCGACGAGCCCGGCUCCCCCAACGCCCAGGUGCGCUACGCCCUGGAGGCGCCGCCGGGCCCCGAGCUCUUCCACAUCGACCCGCUGAGCGGCGUGAUCAGCACCCGGCGCGGCCUGGACCGCGAGCGGGAGGCGGCGCUGGAGCUGCGGGUGGUGGCGCGGGACCUGGGCGAGCCGCCGCUCUCCGCCUCCUGCCUGGUGAGCGUCCGGGUGGAGGACGCCAACGACAACGAGCCCGUCUUCGAGCAGCAGGUCUACAGCGCCAGCCUGGCCGAGCACGCGGGGCCCGGGCACUGCCUGCUGCAGGUCAAGGCAACAGAUGCAGAUGCAGGCCAGUUUGGUCGUAUCGAAUAUUUUCUUUAUGAUGGAUUCCAUAACUAUGAAAAAUCUAAAGCAUUCCAGAUAGAUCCCCAUACAGGACACAUCUGUGUGUGUCAAGACAUUGACAGGGAAGGGGAUCCAGCCACUUACGAUCUCUUAGUGAAAGCUACAGAUGGGGGUGGGCUAAGUUCCCAAGCUUUUGUUCGUAUUGAGAUAGAAGACAUUAACGAUAAUCAACCUAUUUUCGACCCUGCCAGCUAUGUGACAAGCAUCAGUAGUCAUACACACCCAGGAACAGAGAUCAUCAAUGUUGUUGCCACGGACAGGGAUUCAGGCAUAUAUGGAGUUGUGACAUAUGAGCUGGUUCCAGGAGAAUUUUCUUCCCUUUUCACAGUGGAUACUUCUUCAGGAAUUAUUUACUUGAUAUCAACUCUCAGUCAUUUGGAUCAUACCAUGAUGUUUUUGACUGUUUCUGCACGGGAUGGUGGUGGCCUUACCGCUGCUGUUAAUGCAUCUGUCACAGUAAACAUCCUCCAGGCCACUUUGGCACCAGCUAUAUUUGAGAGGUCACGGUAUACCUUUUCUGUUCCUGAAGAUGUACCUGAAGGCAGCCCUGUUGGAACUGUACAAGCAAGGGAGCCUUUAAAUACUUUCGAAGUGAUCUCUUACACAAUUUCCUCUGGUGAUCCUUACGGAAGAUUCUCUAUUGACCCUCAGUUUGGUAUCAUUCUCACCAAAAAGCAGCUGGACCAUGAAACUCAGUCUCUCAUUAUCCUUACUGUCCAGUCACAGUUGGGCAGCUCCCCUAUCUACAGUAGCACACAGGUCAAUAUAUCUGUGAUUGAUGUCAAUGACAAUCCUCCAGUAUUUCUUACAGAAUCUGAUAAGAUAACUAUAUCUUAUAGUACAGUGCCUGGCACAGCUCUGUACAUUGCUCAUGCAGAAGAUAAAGACAGUGGGUUAAAUGGGGUAAUCAAAUAUAGUAUUGCAAACAGGCAGUCAAAUGCAUUUACCAUUGAUCCAAGCCUUGGGGUGGUAUAUCUCACCAGGACUCUGUUCACAGAUAAGCAGCAUGAAUACGCUCUCCACAUAACAGCUGAAGAUCACGGAACUCCUCCACUGAGUUCUCUGCUAAUGCUGACAGUUAUUGUUGAAGAGCAAAAGAUGGGCACCACCUUGACUUUUGAAAACUUGGUGUAUCAAGUGGAAGUCAGUGAGACUUCUUCACUGGAUGCCAAAAUUCUGCAAGUACAAGCCCACACACAAGUUCCACAGCACACUGCCUCACAGAUGGUGUACUCCCUGGAGCCUAGCACAGAUUCUGCUGCAUUUGGAAUUGACCCUGUCACUGGCUGGAUUUACCUCCGGAAGUAUCUGAACUAUGAAUCUACACAGAUGUACAAUUUUAGAGCCUUUGUCAGCAGCCCAGAGGACAGCUCAGGGCAAAAUGCGAGUACAUCAGUAAUUGUUAAUGUCCGGGAUGAAAAUGACAAUUCCCCAAUGUUCAUGCGUGAUCUUUAUUUUUUUGAAAUUGAGGAAAGUCCAGUUCCCCGAGGUGUGGUUGGUACCAUCACAGCAGUUGACAGAGACUCAGGAAGAAAUGGACAGCUUUCCUAUUUCCUUUUGUCAGAUGGAAAGUUUUUCAAGAUUAAUUCCAACACAGGUGAAAUUAUAAACUGGGUUGCAUUAGACCACGAGCAACAAACUCACCACCAGUUGAUCGUACUAGUAACUGACCACGGUGACCCCCGGCGUAAUGCCACAAUAACUGCAUAUAUCUUAGUUGCUGACCUCAAUGAUAAUCAGCCUUACUUCCCUCAGAUUCCAUCUGGAAAAGAAGUAACCCUCAAGGUUUUGGAAGGACAGCCAGAAGGUACACUUGUCACCACUGUGUUUGCAAAGGACCUUGAUUUUGGAAACAAUGGUGUAGUGUUAUAUUCAAUAUUGUCAGAAGAUAGUUUUGGUCACUUUCAGAUUGAUGCCAACAAUGGUGAGUUAAGAACAACUGAAACUCUUUCAUAUAAUUGGAGACCUAACUACAGAAUACUGGUCACUGCAAGUGACCAAGGAAUGCCUCCUCUUCAAGGACAUGCAGUUGUUAACAUCCAGGUAAUCCCAUUUUCUAAAGGGAGAUCUGUCUUUUCUCAAGAUAUCAGGCACUUUGUCAUACCUGAGAAUUUUAAACCUGCACAAAUAUUGAGCUCGGUGAAGUUGCCUGGUCAUUAUCUGCAAACCAACAGAAAAUUGCAUUUUAGUAUCUCUGAAGAAGAGGAUGAUGAUCAUUUUGAAAUAGAUAGUUCAAAAGGGGAUCUGUUUCUUUCCAAGGAACUUGACUAUGAAACAACUUCUCACUUCCUUCUGAGAGUUGUCAUGAAGGAUUAUAAUAAGAAUCCUCCACAGAACUACACCGUUUUCCUCAGUAUUGAUGUAGAAGAUCAAAAUGACCACUCCCCUUAUUUCCAGGAUAACUUCAUAGUGAUUGGCAUACAGGAGAAUGUACCUGUUGGCACUCUGGUGUACACAUUCAAUGCAAAAGAUGGAGAUGGCAGUUUUCUGAACAGCAGAGUACAGUAUUCCCUAGAAACGAGUGACUCUGGUGAAAAUCCAUUUCUCAUCCACCCUUCAUAUGGCACCUUGAUCACAGCAAAUCCAUUAGAUAGAGAGGUCACUCACUCAGUUGUCCUGACAGUGUCUGCAUCAGAUCAGGCAAUAAACUUGACAGAGCGCAGACUUGGUUCCCUGACAGCAAAAAUUGUCAUUUUAGACAUUAAUGACAACAGUCCCCAUUUUGUUUCUUCCUCUCUUUCCUAUGUCAUGGAGAAUGCAGAGGUAGGCUCUCUGGUACAUCACAUAAUUGCAGAGGAUCCAGAUGAAGGAAGGAAUGGACAAGUUACAUAUCACAUUCUUUCAGGCAAUGAAAACAAGGCAUUUAUGUUAGAUAAAACCACAGGGUUGCUAACCACAGCCUUUCCUUUGGACCAUGAGAGUCAAGAAUACUACAGUUUGACCAUCAUGGCUCUUGAUGAUGGCACACCGUCACUCUCUGCAACCCAGAUGCUGACUGUAAGCAUUCUUGAUGUAAAUGAUGAGAGGCCAGUAUUUCAGAAGCAAUUGUAUGAAGCUGCAGUUUGUGAAAAUCAAAAUCCUGGAGAGUUUGUCAUUAACGUGGAAGCUGUAGACAGAGAUUCAGGAAUAAAUUCCCUGCUUCAGUAUGAAAUCUUACCAGGAAAUGGGUUUGAGAUUUUCCAGAUAAACUCCGAUACUGGAGAGGUGAUGACAACUGCCUCACUCGACAGGGAGACCCAAGAGAUUCACAGUAUAAAAGUCCUGGUUCGAGACAGUGGAACCCCUUCUUUAUCCAGCACAGCAACAGUUAUCUGCAAAGUACUGGAUGAAAAUGACAAUACUCCUAAAUUUCUCCUUCCUGUCCCUGAGAUUCAAAUUCUGGAGAAUCAAGAGCCUGCAAUAGUGCACACUACACUAGCUGUAGAUAUAGAUGCUGGCAAUAAUGGAACUUUACGAUAUCAAAUAAUUGGUGGAAAUAUUGAAGAAUACUUCACUCUAAACGAUACUUCAGGAGAACUCGUGGCCACUCGUAGUUUAGACAGGGAGGAUGCCAGCAACUUUACCCUCAUUAUUGAAUGUCAUGACCUGGGCAGCCCACCAAGAAGCUCCACAACACAGCUACAGAUUACAGUCCUGGAUGAAAAUGACAACAGCCCUAUAUUUGCAAAGAAGACCUAUCAGACCUCUGUGAGAGAAGAUGUUGAGGAAGGAUCAGUAGUUCUUGAGCUCUUUGCUUCAGAUGAAGAUGGUGGCCUGAAUGGUGAGGUCAUGUAUUCGCUCAUUGAUGACACCCUUGGAGCAUUUACUGUUAACAGUACAACUGGUGCUAUAGUUACUACAAAAGCACUAGACCGGGAGACUAAAUCUCAGUAUGCAUUUAGAGCGGUGGCAAGUGACUGUAGCAUCCAAGGCCCAAGAAGUACUACAGUUAACAUUAUGGUGCACAUUGAUGAUGCCAAUGACAAUAGUCCAGUUUUUCUACAGAACCCUUUCAAAGUUUAUGCGCCUCCUGAAACCUCUGUGAAUCAGACAAUAGCCACUGUGAGAGCUGCGGACAUGGAUCUGGGGCCAAAUGGUGCAGUGGUUUUUAAUUUUGCAGUACCUGGAACUAUGUUUUGUAUUGACAUUAAUACAGGAGAGAUUUAUCUUCAAGAGCCAUUGCCUUCUGAUGGUUUCAGUUCCCACCUGCUGGUAUUGGCUUCAGAUCAAGGUGUUCCAGCUAGGACAGCCACAGCUCUAUUAGCCAUUUCCACAAGGGAACAAGAGGAGGUGAUGUCAUUCAGCCAUAGUUUGUAUGCAGUAACUGUGCCUGAAAACAGUGAAGCAGGCACCUCACUUUUGACUGUAGAAGCUUAUGAUCAUAAUUUACUGGAAAAAGGCAUAAAAUACAGGAUAUUCAGUGACAAUGAAGAUAUUUUCUCAAUACACCCCAUCACAGGUGAACUCACAGUGAAUGAGCCAAAGUUUCUUGACCAUGAAGUCAAGAGUAAAGUGCAUCUCGCUGUUUUGGCUGAAAAUGGCUUGAAUUCAGCACACUGUGGAGUGACAGUUUGGAUACAAGAUGUGAACGAUAAUGCACCUAAAUUUGAGCAAAGCUCUUACAAAACAUCGGUGUGGGAAGGCCAAAUCUACAAUACAUAUGUCAUGCAGAUUUUUGCAACUGACCUUGACAGUGGGCUAAAUGGAGAAAUUGAGUAUUCAAUUUUAUCUGGUAAUGAAAACGAAACAUUCCUGAUUGAUUCAAAAUGGGGGAUUUUAGCAACUAAUGCAAUCCUGAAUCACGAAGACAUUUCAUCCUACAGGUUAGUUGUGCAAGCUGCCGAUAGAGGAACCCCCAGCCUUUCUGCUACAAGCAUAGUAACGAUACAGGUAGUUGACGUUAAUGACAAUACCCCAACUAUCCAACCACUAGGCAAAGUGGAGGUCUCUGAAAAUGCCCCACCUGGUUUCAUAGUGACUCAGGUUUCUGCAAAUGAUGUGGAUUUAAGUCCAGCUCUUCUCUACAGCUUUACAGAAGAUGGUAACCCGGGAAUGAAAUUUGCUAUUAAUCAACACACUGGAGUGAUCACACUGGUGAAACCAUUAGAUUUUGAAGAAACUGCUCAGUAUCAGUUGUGGAUUAGUGUGUCAGAUUCUGUGCAUCAAACAGAAGCAGAGCUCACCAUUCAUGUUUUGGAUAUCAAUGACAACCCACCAGUAUUUACUCAGUAUUCAUAUCAGGUGACCGUGCCUGAGCUCGCUCCUGUAGGUACUUCUGUCCUGACCAUCUCUGCUAUAGACAGAGAUUCAGAGCAUAAUGGAAUUAUUUCCUACAAAAUCUUGUCGUCUUAUGAGGGAUUUUCAAUUGAUCACAAAAAUGGGUCAGUAUUCACUGCCAAACCAGUGCCACACCUGGGCAAGAGUUCAGUUAUUCAGCUUCUUAUAGAAGCCAAAGACAAUGGAGACCCUGCUUUGACUGCUGUUACUUCCGUGGAGAUACAGAUACAGGAUGUAAAUAACUAUGCACCUCAGUUCACAAUGGCACUAUACAAUGUGAGUGUGAGUGAAGAUGCCUCAGUUGGAAGGACUAUCCUCACAUUUUCAGCCAUUGACUAUGAUUGGAUACACGAAAAUACAUACAUUGAAUACUCUAUUAUCAGCAGCAACACUAAUAACCUAUUCCAUGUGGAAACAAGUGUCAUUGAAUCAACACCACCUUACAAGCUGGUUGGCAACCUUGUUUUGAGUAGUUCUCUGGAUAGGGAAAUUGCUUCCUCUCACCAUGUGAUCAUUCUUGCAUCUGACCGUGGAACACCUCCCCUGAAUUCCACUGCUACUGUAUUGAUAACUGUACUAGAUGUCAAUGAUAACCCACCAGUAUUUAGCAAUCUGGAGUAUCGCAUUCAUGUCAGAGAAAAUAUCGCAAUAGGUAGUCAUAUCACUAUGGUUUCAGCAAAUGACUGUGAUGCAGGAGCCAAUGCAGAGGUCACUUACACUAUAAUCUCUGGAAAUGACAAGGGGCAUUUUCGAUUAGAUGGGAAAACUGGCUCUGUGGAUUUGAUCAGAACUCUGGAUUAUGAGGAAAUGAUUAAAUUCACUUUGACUAUUCAAGCCUCUGAUGGAGGGGUCAAUGUAAGAAAUGUGGCUUUUUCUGUUGUUUUUGUCAGUGUCCUGGAUGACAAUGAUUAUGCUCCACUGUUUUUGUUUCCCAGCCUGAACUGUGUUAUCCAUGAAAAUCUUCCUGCCUUUUCUUUUGUGUGCACAGUUUAUGCACUGGAUUUUGAUACAGGUCCCUAUGGACACCUUACUUACUCAAUCCAGUCAUCAUGUUUGUCUGAUCAUGGAUUUCCUCAAGAUCAUGACAUGUUUUUCAUAGAUCCUUUGACAGGAGAUUUACAAACAAAGCAAAUGCUUGAUUAUGAAAGUCAGAAUAAGUACUGUUUUAUAGCCCAGGCAAAAGACAAAGGUGACUCAAUAGCCACAUUAACAGUUCAGGUAGAUGUUGAAGGGACAGAUGAAUUUGAUCCUGUUUUUACUGAAGAUCAAUAUUUUUUUGAUCUCCCUGAGAAAAAUGAAGCAGGUCAACUGGUUGGCAAAGUGGCAGCAUCUGAUAAUGAUGCUGGAUUGGAUGGAGUUAUUCACUACUCCCUGCUAAAACCUUCUCCGUUCUUUUCUGUAAAUCAGAGUAACGGAAAUAUCUACUUGACUAAAACUCUUCACAGAAAGAAGAGCAGUACCAAAAGAAAAGAUUUCACCCUUGAAUUGUUAGUAAGAGCUCACAGCCCCAAACUGGACUCUAAAUCCACUACAUGCACUGUUCUGGUAAAUAUUUCCAACUCUCCUGAGAAUUAUUCCAUAGCAUCUGCAAACAUCUUGUCUAUUAGUCUUACUGUCUCUUUUGUAGUGUUCCUGCUGCUUGCCAUCAGCCUUAUUGCACUUAUUCUGAGAUACAAACGAAAAGACAUGACAAAUUCCUGUAUGAAAAGAGAAACAUCAUUUUCAUCAGCUGAUUUGAGCUUGACCAAUGAAGAUAAUAUUCCUAAGGACUGCCAGAAACUCCAGAGCACUGAGAGUAGUACACUUCCCAUGGGCUCCAUAGCAGAGUGGUUGAGUUUGGUAGGCAUCAGAGAAAAGGAAGAUAUUGGUAACCCCAGCAGGCACUCAGAUUCUAGUGGUCAUGGCUCAGCAGAAGGGGACACUGCAGAAGAUGAGGAAAUCAAAAGGAUCAAUGAGCAUCCAUGCAGAAAGGGGUUGGGUUCAGCUUUAAGUGAGCGAGGCUCAUGCGUGCCAGACUCAGGAAUUCCAAGAGACUCUGACCAGUUAUCCUGUCAGUCUGGAGAAACUGAUGUGUUAGCUGACACUCAAAAUGCGGAGAGCUUCCACACCUUCAAAGAUGGAGGAGGAAGAGAAGGCUGUGACCCAAACUAUGCCCAUAACAAAAUGCUGUCCCAAACUCUUCAAAAAAUUGGGAUAAAAGAGAGAGACAUAAUAACAGACAUCACAAGAGAAUACCUCUUUAUCUCCGAUGGCCAGGAUUCCCGGUAUGGAUCACUUGCAACCCUUGUAGCCUCUGAUGAGGAUCUUAGGGGAAGUUACAACUGGGAUUACUUGCUUACGUGGGAACCCAGAUUUCAACCUCUUGCCUCCAUGUUUAAUGAUAUUGCGAAACUGAAAGAUGAAAGCUUACAAAUUCAUAGCUUUCCUAAGGAGAAGAAAUCUUUUAUUUUCCCUCCUCCCUUGAUAACAUCAGUCGCUCAACCUGGCAUAAGGACAGUGCCACCACAUAUGCCAACUAUAAUACCUGGGCAGGCAUUUAAAAAAUACCCUCGUCCUCCCCUUAUCCAUAAUCUUAAAUACCCUUCACCGGCCAUGACUCCCAGUUUUUCUCCUUCUCUGUCUCUACUUACCAUGCAGACUCCUACAGCUUCUCCAGUGAUGUCAGAUGCAGGACUGACAGGAACAUACCAAACUGGCCAAAAUCAUGCAACAGAGGAAGAAGUUCAGGUGUAGGUGAUUAACCACUGGUAAAAUGUUAAAGGAAAAUUUGGCUUAAAACAUACUUGUUCGUUGUUUAAUGAGUAAAACUACAUCAGAGCUAUAUCAUCAGUAUUCAUUUUAUUUUUUUAUGGUUUACAAAAGAUAAGAUAAUUUAGUCAAACUUUCUCACAUCAUGUUCUUUGCAAAAUAUGCUCUAAACCUGUGAGGGUUGCCCUUUAAUUACCUUUUUUUCUAUCUACCAAAAACCCUGGUAUCUAAUGUAAAUCACAUACCCAGGUGUCUGAUAGCUGACUUACCCAAAUGACAGGCUAUAUUGUUUAUCAUUAAGGAUUUCAAUAACUCUUUGUUGUGAUUAAUGGUUUAUCACUGAGGAUUUCAGUUUAAAAUGCUGACUAUUAGUGAGGGUUACCUUUAAUACCUCUCUGCCUUCCUUAAGCUAUUUUUGUGGCAGCUGGAAAGCUGGCUACCUGCAGAUUUCUCUUGUGUAGGGAAAUCCACUUGGCAUGUGGCUGAGGUAGCAUCUCCAGUCUCAGGAUCAGGGCAGUAUAAAGGUUGUAUAAAGCCAUCUGUGACUCCCCCACUCAUCACUGGGACUAUGCUGAGUACAUCUCAGCUGGAGCAGAAAAUCUGGCCCUCUAUGUAAUAUAUAUCAUACAUAUAACAGCUUGUGUAUAUAUGUACACACAUAUAUGCAUAUGCUGUUUCUGUGUGUGUAUGUAUUGUAUCAAAUCAAUAAAACACACAUACAUAUGCUCCUACCAUAAUUUUAACUCAGAAUUGGCACUUGGGGAACAGGACAGGGUGAAAUACAAGAAAUAUGCCUUACAGAGGGUAAAGGUGGCUACCCUUUUGGAAUCAGUGGGUAUAUUAUAUGUGUAAUGGCUUCUGAGCCAUUAUCACAUGUUUGGAUCCUUUCUGGAUAUAAACUGACAUUGUUCCUAAGAGUAUGCAGGCAACAACCGUUUCCAAGACAAGAAAUAGAAAGAAAAGGAUCAGAAAUGGAGUCAGCCAGAAGCCUGUGCCAGGAAGGGGAAAGCAAAGGAAAGUAGUCAUUCUCAAUUAAUAUAUGAACAGGGAAUUAUAAGCUUAUGGGCAUAGGGCCAUGUCUGAGAAUGCUUUUGGGGUCGUUAGAUUGGCCACCUCAGGGUUGCAUAAGCUUCUUUGGACCUUUUUCCAAAGAAGGCAGAGUGUAUUUUUUCCAUUUUGUCUUGUUACAAGAUGCAUGUCUGUUUUUUGAAAUUUCAAAGUUAAUUUAUGAACUUUCACACUAAAUAGCUUUGGGUUCUUCUAGAUACUGUAGUUAUUUUUUAGCACCCAAAUGGGCAAUAUUAAUUUAUGAACUGUGUAUUGGUGGGUAUUGUAUGUACAUAAAAAUAACCAAAAUGUAAUGUCAUGCUAAUAACAUGUAUAAUUAUGUAGCUAAAAUAUAAUAUUUUUAAAAAAUAAUUUUAUAUACUUUUUUACUACUAGCAGUUAAAAAUUAUCCACAUAACAUACCUCCCAUCUGUUAAUGUUCUAAUGUCUGCUAACCUGUUAGGUUUUGAUUUGUACUACGUGUUAAUAGAAUGAAAUAUACCCAUUGUGGUGUGCGGUUAUGUACAGCUACAGUUUCAGGAGGUGUUAAUGGCACACAGUGCUAAAUUAACUGUCUGUUCAACUCCAAAUUCAUGUUUUCAGUAUCAGUACUCGUGAUCAAGUGAGAGUUUGGUGCUCCGAAGAGGAGCAGUAAACCUUUUUAUUAACAUUAUGAUAGCAGGGAUCAUCUUUAUCCAUAGAUGAUCAGUGGAAGAAUAAAUAUUUUGCACAGCAUUAUUGUGUUUGAUUUUUCAUGAAGUGAAAACUAGAGUCGUUGUUGGACACAAUACUGCAGCAUGCAGGAGACCAUUUUUUUCCACUAAUAUCACUUGUUACAGCUCGAAUUUCAUCAUCUUUACAAAUGUCCAAAACAUAUAGUGUCCACUCCGAAAAGGUAAUAGUAGAGCUCUAUAAUAGAUACUAGCAAUUCAGUAAUUAACAAUCAGUGUGCACUGAUACACUAGUUAGCUAUGUUAGCUGAGAGAGCAAGUGGAAUGCACAUAGAAAAUUAACUCAUCAGUGAAAUCCAGGACAAGUUUGAAGACCUAAAGUACAUCUGUUUCCUGUAACCAUUCCAAAUCGGGCUAUGAAGAUUCUCUGUUAGGUAUAGUGUAGAGGUAGUGCCCGCUAGUAUCAGCAGAAACAGGUAGACAAGUUACACGUGUGGAAGGUAGAAAAUAAGUCCUGAAUCGAGAAGAAGUCCCAAUACAAUUGAGGCAGAUCAUAUAUAUAAAAAGUAGAAGGCCUAGAUUCACAAAAGGACUUAGAAACAUAACUGCCCACUCUGGGCACCUGAAGCUCAGAAUCACGCUCCACUGGGAUUCACAAAAGCCCCAUUCAGCAGUCUCAGAACCCUGCAGGUGCCCAAAUAUUUGCAGUAAAAGUUCCCUACCUGCCUAUGUGUCUGCCUCUGAGCAUGCACACCGCAGUCCUAACUCAUGUGCCUUAGCCCCAGAGCAAUGCACAAACUGGGAGAAGAAAAGCCUUUUUCCACUAAGCUGCCUGCAGGGCCCGAUCCAGUAAGCCUGCUUAGACUUCGCCUACUGCAUCAGGCCCUAUAAGCAAGUUUCCACAAGAUGGCUGGUGUGGUGGUGGUGGAGGAAAGUAGAGUGAGGAGCAGGAGCCAGUGGGUAAGGUACUCAGCUAGAAUAUGGGAGACCCCUGGUUUAAGUUCCUUCUCCUCCUGAGGCUAGGAGGGGGUCUCUCACCUCACAGAGUGCUCAAACCACUGUGUUAGGAGAUAUUCUUAUGUGGGGCUCUCUCAGUCUCUCUCACUGAAGCUGCUUCACUGUGGAAUAUUUUUUUUAAAGUAACUGUAGGAUGUGUUGCAGCUGAGAAUCUCAGGCAGUUGGAGGUGUUUCCCAGCAGCACAGACUUCAGCACCUGUCUGGGAAUCCAAUUCUAAAGCACCUAUCUCUCCCCUUGUAAAGCUAGCUGAGACACCUACCUCAGGCUUUGUGAAUCUCAGUGAUUUUCUGGACACCUACAAGAGAAGUGAGGUGAUGUUGAGCAUCACCACAUCUAAGUUUCCUUGUGAAUCUAGCCCAAAAUGUUCCGCUGAUUUGGUUGUGAAUCUCUACAGAUUCCCAUAUGUCGUGUCUAAGUGCUACACCCAAAGGAUUAUUUCUACUCUUCCUCUUUAUGCUGGAAAACUCAGGAAUUGUUCUUCUCAUUGCUGCAUAUGUAGUUAAAAAUGCAGUGCAUGGUUCCAUUCAAUCAACAUUAUUUGGCAGCCUAGAAAAUGAUCAGGCCACAUAUUCUUAACUUCAUAUCUGAUGAAUCUGGAAUGGAUACAGUACAACCCGCAUCUAAUACAGAUGAUACCCCAAAACAGACAGGUUCUGUUAUAUGAAUUUAUACUGACAAUAUGUAUAUGACAAAUAAGUCUGAACAUUGAGUGUUAAGUCUUAACAUGAAUGUGGGAUGAACAAUGUGGUUCAUCCCACAUUCAUCUCCAAGGAAACCACAUGGAUAUCAAUUAUUGCUAUUAGGGUGCUAAUUACAAAGUUGCCUUGAGCAGGUUUAAUUUGCUCCUUUUAAAAUGAUUCUCAUGAAAGAGUUUCCAUGGAAGAGUUUGGGCCUGACCAUACCACCUUGUUUUGGAAGUCCACGCCCAGUUUUCCCACAGUCCACCAGAAAAGUGAGCAAAACAUUUGCUCUUUCAUGUGCCUUUCCUUGCAUCGUCAAGAACUGCUUAUUUUUUUAAUCCCUCUUUGAAAGGAUUGGAUAUGACUUGCAUCCUAUUUCUCAAAUGCAUGCUGUAUUCCAGUUGAGCUAACU